AUGAACUUUAACGCCUUCAAGGACACGUUCAGUCAGGGCGUCAGCUUCCUGAAGCGGCGUUUUUCGUCUAGCGACCUGAGCGAAGACAUCGAAAAUGAAAUGGCCUUGCCUCGACAGCAGACGCAGCAGAGACCGGAAGCAAAAUUCCUGGUAGAGUCUAAAGCGCCAGGCAGCAGCUUUGCGACAAGCGCCCCGACGUCUCCCGCCCGUCAGGGAAGCACAACGUCAUCGUUGAUGCAUGGCCUUACCAAGUCCAUUUUGCAAGGCACGGGUCAAAAGAAGACACCAGCUGUCAAAGAACAUGCAAAAUGUCUGCUGGUAAUUGACAAGCAAAAUAUCGACUGGUCAAAGUAUUUUCGAGGCAAGAAAGUUCUUGGAGACUGGGAGAUUCAAGUGGAACAGACGGAAUUCAGCCGUAUUUCGAUUGUAUCUCAGAGCGAGCCGAACGGCUGUACCGUAGAAAUCGACAAUAAUAGAGUAUUCAGGCCAGAUUUUGUAUUGAUCCGAGAAGCCGCCAAAGAAAUCCACCACGAUUACCGACCCGUAUUGCUGGGGCUUUUAUAUGGAGGAGUACCAAGUCUGAACUCUCUGCACAGUCUAUACAAUUUCACUGACAAGCCGUGGGUGUUUUCGCAUUUGUUGAUGAUUCAGCGAAGACUGGGAAUCGAGCAGUUCCCUUUAAUAGAUCAGGUUUAUUGCUACAAGCCCAAGGACCUUUGCAGUGCAACCAUAAGAUUGCCUGCCGUCGUGAAAAUUGGCCAAGCGUUUCAUGGCCUUGGAAAAAUUAAAAUCAGCACGGCCGAACAACUUGAAGAUUUUUCUUCCAUUAUUCCUCUGUGUGACACGUAUUGUACCUCAGAAAUUUUCGUCGACGCUAAGUACGACGUCCUGGUGCAAAAGAUUGGCCCCAGCUGUAAAGCGUUCAUGUAA